GGGACUUUUUAGCGAUGCAACACCCGCACUUCCGGUCCACAUGUAAACGCUACAUCGUGAUUAAUAAGCAGACGACAGACUGUAACUAUCUUUGUACAUUUACCUGAAGAAUACCGUUUUCAGCGUGUGUCUGUAAACAUGAAGCUGCUCACGCACAACAUGUUGACGUCUCACGUGAAGGGAGUCACGAAAGGAUACCCGCUGCUCAUCAAGGCAACUGAGGUAAAGAUGAAUGAGGUGGAGUUCAACCCUCAGUUUGUCAGCAGGAUGAUCCCCAAACUGCAGUGGAGCGCUCUGGUCCAGGCUGCGGAGGAGUUGGGUCAUCGGCAAGACCUGCCGGGUGAGCUGGUGCCAGAUUAUGAAAAAGACGAAGAGUUCCUGAAGAAAGUGCACAGAGUGCUAUUAGAGGUGGAGGUGAUAGAGGGCUGCCUGCAGUGCCCUGAAUCAGGAAGAGAGUUCCCGAUCUCCAGAGGAAUCCCCAACAUGCUGCUGAGCGAAGACGAGGUGUAGACAGCACCGGUGUUUCUCAUACACAACCUCACCCCAAACGCUCACUCAGAUGGGACUGUGUGGGUAUUCAGAGAAAGAGAGAAGAAGAAGAAGAGAGGCAGGACUCUGGUUUACGUUGGUGCCAUGAGAAAAUAGGCAGCACUGUUUGGUUGAUUGUAGUUAUGACAUUUAAGUGGCAGAUGCUGCCAGUGGAGGAAAAAGAUUUGAAGAACAACAGAUGGAAAUGUUCCCCAAGAGUAACCCCCUGUGGUUUUAUCUGUAUUUAUUUUUGUAACUGUUCAGGCUCUUUCUUUUUCCCUUUUUCAAUAAAACUGUCCUGAUUUCCA